AUGUUUGUUGCCACAUCUGCUACCAACUCCGGCCAUGCCCCUGAAGUGGUCACUCACAACCUGCCACAGCACCACAAUGGCAUGGGUCACUACCCUGAUGACCAAGACCUCAGCGAGGAUGGGUCGCCCUUGCCAGGAAGCGAGGGGAACGAUGAGCAUAAGAUCGAGGCUCGCGUGGGUGAUCUGGCCCGCCGGAUCACCCGUCAAUCGACUCGCUUUUCCACGAAGGAUGAUCUUCAAAACCCAUUCGCUGUGGAGGACCCGGAAUCAAAACUCAAUCCCAACAGCCCCAAUUUUAGUCCUAAAAAGUGGAUGAAGACGCUGCUCGCCAUCCGAUCGCGGGACCAGGAGCGCUAUCCGGACCGCACUGCGGGCGUUGCUUUCAUGAACCUGAGCGUCCAUGGUUACGGCUCUCCAACGGACUACCAGAAAGACGUACUCAACUCGCUACUUGAAGCCGGUACCCUCAUUCGCAAGUUGAUGGGAAUGAAAAUGCAGAGGAUCCAAAUCUUACGCGAAUUCGACGGCCUUGUCAAAUCCGGAGAGAUGCUCCUGGUGCUUGGCAGGCCUGGGUCUGGAUGUACCACUUUUCUGAAGACCAUAUCUGGCGAGAUGAAUGGCAUGGAGAUGUCGGAGGACUCAAUUCUUAACUACCAAGGUAUAUUCUCCUUCAGCACUCGUCACUGUGUUGUGUCAGUUCUAAUGCAUGGGCUUUUCUCAGGUAUACCUGCGAAAGAGAUGCACAAACAUUUCCGAGGCGAGGCAUUAUACAGCGCCGAAACAGACGUCCACUUUCCGCAGCUCACUGUCGGGGAAACACUUCAUUUUGCUGCAUUGGCCAGAGCUCCAAGAAACCGCAUUGAAGGAAUCACAAAGAAGGAGUACGCAACACACAUGAGAGAUGUGGUCAUGACUAUGCUCGGGCUUUCACACACCGUUAAUACCCGCGUCGGCAACGAUUACGUGAGGGGAGUUUCAGGAGGAGAACGCAAGCGUGUUAGUAUUGCCGAGGCUAUCCUAAGUCAGGCACCGCUGCAAGCGUGGGACAACAGUACCCGGGGAUUGGACUCAGCAAAUGCCCUGGAAUUCUGCAAGAACCUGGCCUUGAUGAGCAAGUAUACUGGAACCACGGCACUAGUGGCAAUCUACCAAGCAUCCCAGAGUGCUUAUGAUGUCUUCCAAAAAGUCACGGUUCUGUAUGAGGGAAGACAGAUCUAUUUCGGUCCCACUUCUGAAGCCAAGCAAUUCUUUGUCAACCUGGGAUUCGAAUGUCCCGAACGCCAGACAACAGCUGACUUUUUGACCUCACUGACCUCGCCUUCGGAAAGGCGAGUCCGCCCUGGGUUUGAAAACCAGGUACCCAACACGCCAGACGAAUUCGCGGCUGCCUGGAAGCAGAGCGCUAUGAGAGCCGACCUUCUGAAAGAGAUCGAGUCAUUCAAAGACGAGUAUCCUAUCCACGGUGCUGCAUAUGAUUCCUUCAAGGGUGCUAGACAAGCCAUGCAGUCAAAGAACCAACGUUGGAAAUCACCUUACACCAUCUUGGUUCUGGAGCAAAUUCGGCUCUGCACAGUCCGUGGCUUCCAGCGCUUGAGAAGCGAUAUGAGCUUAACCCUUACUGCCCUUAUUGGCAAUUUUAUCAUCGCCUUGAUUGUUGCAUCUGUAUUCUUCGACCUUCCAGACAACACCUCCAGUUUUUAUGGUCGCACUGCUUUGUUGUUCUACGCAGUGCUUCUGAAUGCGUUUUCAAGCGCCCUGGAGAUCCUCACCCUCUACUCUCAACGUCCUAUUGUGGAAAAACAGGCACGAUACGCAUUCUACCACCCGUUCUCAGAAGCGAUUGCAUCCAUGAUUUGCGAUACACCAUAUAAGUUGCUAAAUUCGAUUACCUUCAACCUACCGUUAUACUUUAUGACCAAUUUACGCCGAGAUGCAGACGCAGUCUUUACCUUCUGGUUGUUCUCGGUAGUCACAACUUACACCAUGAGUAUGCUCUUCAGAACCAUCGGCGCGACAUCCCGUUCGCUCUCUCAAGCAUUAGUACCGGCAGCACUGCUCAUCCUUGGUAUGGUCAUAUACACAGGAUUUGUGAUUCCCGUGAGAAACAUGCUGGGUUGGUCGAGAUGGAUGAACUAUAUUAACCCCGUGGCGUACGCUUUUGAAUCCUUCUUGAUCAAUGAGUUCGCGGGUAGGGACUUUGACUGCUCCGUUAUUAUUCCCUCAGGAGGCCAAUAUGAUAAGGUGCCAAUGGAAAAUCGCAUUUGCUCGACUGUUGGUGCACAAAGCGGUUCGAGAGUGGUUGACGGCACUCUCUACCUCGACCUGAGCUUCGAAUAUACCACGGACCACCAAUGGCGUAACCUUGGAAUUUUGAUUGCUUUCAUGGUUUUCUUCUGCGGUGUAUACCUUGUGGCGACGGAGUAUAUCUCUGAGCAGAAGUCCAAGGGAGAGGUGCUUUUGUUCCGCCGUGGCCACCAGCCAAAGGUUCUCGAUGGGGAUGUGGAACUUCAACCCACGCCUGGAGGGACUCUGAACGAUGAUACAAAUGAUGGCCAACAGGAAAUUCAGAUUCAGCGGCAAACGGCAAUCUUCCAUUGGGAAGAUGUGUGCUACGAUAUUACCAUCAAAGGAGAGCCUCGGAGGAUCCUUGACCAUGUUGAUGGAUGGGUAAAACCGGGCACUUGCACCGCGUUGAUGGGCGUCUCCGGAGCAGGUAAAACAACAUUGUUGGACGUGCUGGCAACCAGAGUCACGAUGGGCGUAGUUACUGGCGAUAUGCUGGUCGAUGGUCAGCCUCGUGAUGCCUCCUUCCAAAGAAAAACUGGAUACGUUAUGCAACAGGAUGUUCAUCUGGCAACUUCGACCGUUCGCGAAGCUUUAGAAUUUUCUGCCUUACUACGUCAGCCAGCGCACCUUAGUCGACAAGAGAAACUUGAUUAUGUGGACGAAGUUAUCAAGCUUCUCGGCAUGGAAGCUUACGCAGAUGCGGUUGUCGGUGUCCCUGGAGAAGGGUUGAAUGUUGAGCAACGCAAGCGGUUAACAAUUGGCGUCGAACUCGCGGCAAAGCCACAGCUCCUGCUCUUCCUCGAUGAACCGACGUCUGGCCUUGACAGUCAGACCUCCUGGUCAAUCCUGGACCUUAUAGAUACUCUGACUCAACAUGGCCAGGCGAUUCUCUGUACGAUCCACCAACCAUCCGCUAUGCUCUUUCAGCGAUUCAACAGACUCCUUUUCCUGGCAAAAGGUGGCAAAACCAUCUACUUCGGUGAUAUUGGCGAGAACUCAUCGACUUUGUCUAGCUAUUUUGAGAGAAAUGGCGCGCAUCCUCUCAAGGAUGGCGAGAACCCUGCUGAAUGGAUGCUCGAUGUCAUUGGUGCUGCCCCCGGGUCUAAGACGGAUAUUGAGUGGCCUAAGGUAUGGCGAGAGUCUCCCGAGUAUGCCCAAGUGAAGGAGCACCUCACAGAACUGAAGUCGACCCUUUCCUCCAUGCCCAGGGAAGAUAGCGAUUAUAAGGCCUUGCACGAAUUCGCUGCACCGUUUCACACGCAGCUAUUCGAGUGCUUAUGGCGCGUUUUUGCUCAAUAUUAUCGCACGCCUUCCUACAUAUGGAGUAAAUUCGCUUUAUGCGUUUUGACAUCUCUGUAUAUUGGCUUUUCUUUCUUUCAUGCACAAAAUUCACUUCAAGGGAUGCAAAACCAGAUGUUUUCUGUUUUCAUGCUUAUGACAAUCUUCGGUAAUCUUGUGCAACAAAUUAUGCCUCACUUCUGCGCUCAACGCGCUCUCUACGAAGUGCGUGAGCGCCCCAGCAAGACAUAUUCAUGGUACGCUUUUAUGACGGCCAAUAUCUUUGUUGAACUUCCAUGGAAUACCCUUAUGUCGGUACUCAUGUUUGUGUGUUGGUUCUAUCCUAUUGGCUUGUAUAACAAUGCAAAGCCCACUGAUGCAGUGAACGAGCGCUCGGCCCUCAUGUUUCUCCUUAUUUGGGUCUUUCUUCUUUUCACGUCGACAUUCGCGCACAUGAUCAUUGCUGGAAUUGAAACUGCGGAAACCGGUGGUAACGUUGCGACAAUGUUGUUCUCCUUAUGUCUCAUCUUCUGCGGAGUGCUCGCCACUCCGGAUAAUAUGCCGGGAUUCUGGAUCUUCAUGUAUCGAGUGUCUCCAUUUACCUAUCUGGUGUCAGCGAUGCUGAGCACAGGUCUGUCCGGAACGGAAGUUGUCUGCGAGGCAGUUGAGUACCUCACCUUCGACCCCCCGAGCAACAAAACUUGCUUUGAGUACAUGGAGGACUACAUUACCCGAGCUGGUGGUUAUCUCGCAGACAAUUCCGCCACAUCGAACUGCCAGUUCUGCACCAUAGCCAGGACCGAUACCUUCCUGGCGUCUGUCGUCAGCUACUUUUCCGACGCAUGGCGAAAUUUCGGAUUGAUGUGGGUUUACAUUGCGUUCAACAUUGUGGCAGCAGUGGGCAUCUACUGGUUAGCACGAGUGCCCAAGAAGCCAUUUAAAAAGAGCAAGAAGGACUAG